AUGGCUCGAAACUCGGAAAAAGCCCAGUCUAUGCUCUUUCGCUUCCGCGAAGCCCAAGCAGCAGACCUAGGCAUCAUCGACGCCGGACGUACCCGCCGCCCCAAGAUCAUCACCGAAGUCGACUCGAUCCCCGCGUGCGAAAGAUGGCGCGGCCAAGUUCUCAAGGAGAUCUCGCGCAAGGUCUCGAGGAUUCAGGACCCCGUGCUGAGCGACUACCAGAUCCGCGACCUCAACGAUGAAAUCAACAAGCUGAUGCGCGAGAAACACAUGUGGGAGGUACAGAUACGGAAUCUAGGCGGGCCAAACUACAUGAGAGGAGGUGGGAAGAUGUACGACGAACAGGGGAGAGAAAUACCGGGAGGCGGAAAGGGCUACAAGUAUUUUGGACGGGCGAGGGAGUUGCCUGGCGUCAAGGAGCUGUUUGAGGCGGCGGCGGCGAAGAAGCACGAGGACAAACCGCUCGAGGCCAGCAAGGACCUGAGAAAAAUCGUGGAUGCGGCAUACUAUGGCUACGCUCCGGGCGAGGAGGACGACGCGCUGCUGGAAUACGAAGCGCAAAAGGAGAGGGAGGCAGCAGCGAACCUUUUGAAGACAGGGCCUCAGAGCGUACCCGAUGGCUGGGAGCCGUUACCUGGGGACAGCGGGGAUGGCAAUGGAUGGGCUUUGCCAACGAUGGAGGAGGUCCAGAUGGAGCUCUUGGAGAGGAGGCGGCGGAAGCUGCUCGAUCAGCUGUAG